AUGGAAGAGAUGGUCGCUGCAAAGAAGAGAAGAUUCGCAAUGGCACCUGCGUCCCAGAGAUCUCUCUUUAAGCGGGUGAGGGCCCCGUCUGUUGUCGUGUCGUUCCACAGAUUAAGCGUGCUCCCUGUUAGUUCGAUAAAGUCAUGGUGGCUCCAUAUCUGGACAGGCUCACAAGCCAACCCUUCUCAAUACGCCAAUUAUGCUGUUGCAACUGCCAGCCUCGCAGUCCAGAAACUCGAGGAGCUAGACGCCCCAGACGACCUGUUCAAGUACAUCGGUCCUCUUCUUCCGAACGGCUGCCAUGCGCUCAUCACAAUCCCUCUUCAAGGCGCCCUUGUCGGCCGUCCUCGCCGCGCCCCUUCGCUGGUCGACACCGUUCCCCUGGGCCGCGUCUUGAAUCGCUUCACAUCAGACGUCUACACAGUAGACUACGUGCUAGGAACCCACAUCUCCGAGCUCAUCUCAUCAACCCUCCAAAUAUGCGGCGUACUAGUCGCAAGCACCUCAGUCUCGCCCGCCAUCCUAGGCCUCCCAGCAAUCCUCCUCCUCGCGUCUCCCCGACUCGCAGUUUUAUACCUUGCCGCCGCCCGCGAAGUCAAGAGGUUCGAAAGCGUCUCCCGCAGUCCAAUCCUCGACCACUUCAUUCUGCCUGGCCCGGGCGAUCCUGCAGCGGCCCAAGGUGCUGGUUCUGGACGAGGCGACGUCCGAGGUGGAUAUGGAGACGGAUGGGCUGAUUCAACAGGCGAUCCGGGCGGAGUUUGGGCGGCAGGCGAGCUCGUUGCUGGUUAUUGCGCAUCGACUGGGUACCGUUGCGGACUUUGA